AUGUCAAGUUCUAGUGACCACAAACUUGCUCAUGUAGCUCUCCUACCAAGUGCUGGCAUGGGUCAUCUCACACCCUUCCUCAGACUUGCUGCUUUACUCACACUCCAAAACGUUCAAGUCACCUUCAUCACCCCACAUUCAACAGUCUCACUUACUGAAUCGCAAGCUUUAUCUCGCUUAUUUACUUCCUUUCCUCAAAUCAAGCACAAGCAGUUUCAUCUUCUUCCACUUCCCAAGAAUCCCGAUGACCCUUUUUUCCAACAUUUCCAACUCAUCAAAAACUCUUCUCACUUUCUUUCCCCACUCCUAUCUGCACUAACUCCACCCCUUUCCGUUUUUAUCACAGACAUGAGCUUGGCCUCUACAAUUAUUCCCAUCACUGAAGCUAUUAGCCUUCCUAAUUAUGUUCUCUUCACAUCAUCUGCUAAAAUGCUUACAUUGUUUCUAUCCUACCCCACUUUAGCCACCUCAAAAGCUAUGGAUGACUUAGAUGAGACGGAUGUCAUUAAGAUUCGAGACCUGGAGUUGAUGCCCAAAUCAUUGAUGCCCCCACCACUUCUGCGAAAGAGCAAUAAUAUCCUAAAGAGUAGUUUUAUAGAAGAUGGUAGAAAAGUGGCCGAAUCAAGUGGAAUUCUAGUCAACACAUUCGAAAGUUUUGAGCAAGAAACACUCAGAAAGCUAAAUAAUGGCCAAGUACUCCCGGAGAGGCUACCUUCAGUUGUUUCCAUUGGACCUCUUCCACCAUGUGAUUUCGAGAAGAGCCAGUCACAGUUAACUUGGCUUGAUGAUCAACCAGCUGGAUCAGUUGUGUAUGUCAGCUUUGGUAGCAGGACUGCUUUGUCGAGGGAGCAAGUGAGAGAGUUAGGUGAAGGGCUGGUGAGGAGCGGUAGUAGGUUUGUCUGGGUGGUGAAGGGUGAAAAAGUGGAUAGAGAAGAUAAUGAAGGAUUGGAAGAGAUAAUGGGAGAUGAACUGAUGGAGCGGGUGAAAGAAAAGGGAUUGGUAGUUAAGAAUUGGUUAAACCAGGAGGAUGUAUUAAGCCACCCAGCAGUUGGUGGAUUUUUUAGUCAUUGUGGUUGGAAUUCAGUGAUGGAGGCUGCAUGGCAUGGAGUGAGGAUCUUAGCUUGGGCCCAACACGGGGACCAGAAAGUAAAUGCAGAUAUUGUGGAGAGGAUUGGACUAGGGACCUGGGAGAAGAGUUGGGGGUGGGGUGCGGAGAUGGUAGUGAAUGCAGCAGAAAUUGCAGAAAGGAUUAAAGAAAUGAUGGGGAAUGAAGCAUUGAGAAUUCGGGCAUUGGGCAUCAAAGAAGAAGCUAGGAAAGCAGUGGGAGUUGGUGGGAGUUCUCAUAAGGGACUGGCAGAACUCAUCAACCUGUGGAAGAAGUUAUGA